GUACCAAAAAUAGCACCUCCUCUUGUUCAGCACCCAAAGGACGAAAGUGCGAGAUUCGCCUGUGUUGUCUAUUAUAACCAAUUCUUACUGUCCAUAUUUGUGUAGAAACGUACUGAACAGUUUUUUUUGUUGAUGUGAGAAACCUAUUUGGUGUCAAACAUGCGUAAAAGCCUACGCCAUCCAAGCAGGGAACCGCCGAGAAAGGAAUUAUCGCCGCUCAUCUGAGGCCAAACUCGCAUAUUUUGUUUUGUCAAGUAAGGAAACAAAACAAUAUCACCACGACGAUACCCACUAGUCAGGGACCUAAAAAACAACUACAUUCGUUUUACAGUUGGAAACCAGUUUGUAGGUAUGGGGGCGUUCCUGGACAAGCCUAAGACAGAGAAGCAUACGGCCCAUGGUGAGGGCAAUGGGCUGCAUUACGGCCUGAGCUCCAUGCAGGGCUGGCGGGUGGAGAUGGAGGAUGCCCACACUGCCAUGGUGGGCCUGCCCCACGGCCUCACCGACUGGUCCUUCUUCGCUGUCUACGACGGGCAUGCCGGCUCCCGCGUUGCCAAUUACUGCUCCGCCCACCUACUGGAGCACAUCCUAUCAGGGGGGGCGGAGUUCACCCCGGGGACGGGCUCAGUGGAGGGUGUAAAGGAUGGGAUCCGCACGGGCUUCCUGAAGAUCGACGAAUACAUGCGCAGCUUCACGGACCUGCGACAAGGGCUGGACCGCAGCGGCUCCACGGCGGUGGGUGUGCUGCUAAGCCCUUUCCACCUCUACUUCAUAAACUGUGGCGACUCCCGGGCCGUGCUGAGCCGAGAUGGACGAGUUGGAUUCUCUACACAGGACCACAAGCCGUGCAACCCCAGAGAGAAGGAGCGUAUCCAGAACGCAGGGGGGUCAGUGAUGAUCCAGAGGGUCAACGGUUCCCUGGCCGUGUCCAGAGCCCUGGGGGACUAUGACUACAAGUGUGUGGAUGGGAAGGGUCCCACAGAACAACUGGUCAGCCCAGAGCCAGAGGUGUGUGUGUUGGAGCGUGCUGCGGAGGGGGAUGAGUUUGUGGUGCUGGCGUGCGACGGGAUCUGGGACGUGAUGUCCAACGAGGAGCUGUGCGAGUUCGUCAGGUCCCGGCUACAAGUGUUUGACGACCUGGAAAGAGUCUGCACUGCUGUGGUGGACACCUGUCUGCACAAGGGCAGCAGAGAUAACAUGAGUGUGGUGUUGGUGACUUUACCGGGAGCUCCCAAGGUGUCUGAGGAAGCCCUGAAGAGAGAGGAGGACCUGGACAAAUACCUGGAGACACGUGUAGAGGAUUUGCUGGGUAGCUGUGGAGAGGAGGGGGUUCCUGACCUGGUGUCUGUUCUGAGGAACAUCGCCUCUGAGAACAUCCCCAACCUUCCACCUGGAGGAGGCCUGGCCUGCAAGCGCAGUGUGAUCGAGGCGGUGUACAGCAGGCUGAACCCACAAAGAGAAGAGGAAGGGUGUGAUCUGGAGGACCCCUGGUAGUCGUGGUAACUGCGACCCGGUCUCCUCCUGUGAUUGGUCUAGCCACCCAGAGGGAGAAUUGCCUCCUCCACGUGCCCAGUGGACGACGUGUGUGUGUGUGCGUGUGAGGAUGAACACACCCACACACACACUCUGCUUUUCCUUGGGAGGAGUGUGUCUUUGGAGGUGUUGCGGUUGUUGUAAGGACUGAUGAAGCGUCUGGAUGGUAGAUGUUUUUUACCAUCCAGGUUUUCUGGUGUUACAUUUUUUGUUGUUGUUGUUGACAUUGAUCACCUGACUACAUGGACAUGACCUGGGGUGGAUUUAUGUGUUUGUGUGUGUGAGAGAGAAAUGGAAAUUUGGAGGUGGGGUUUGGGACCCAGACUGGUUCAAUCUGGUACUUGUCUUGGACUCUGUGCUGCCUGAAAACCCCAACCGCCCGAACACACACACACACACACACCCUAAAACCUGACACACCAAGCCCUGCAAAUGUACAGUGGGGAGAACAAGUAUUUCAUACACUGCUGAUUUUGCAGGUUUUCCUACUUACAAUGCAUGUAGAGGUAUGUCAUUUUUAUCAUAGGUACACUUCAACUGUGAGAGAUGGAAUCUAAAACGAAAGUCACAUUGUAUGAUUUUUAAGUAAUUAAUUUGCAUUUUAUUGCAUGACGUAAGUAUUUCAUACAUCAGAAAAGCAGAACUUAAUGUUUGGUACAGAAACCUGUUUUCAAUUACAGAGAUCAUACGUUUCCUGUAGUUCUUGACCAGGUUUGCACACACUGCAGCAGGGAUUUUGGCCCACUCCUCCAUAGAGACCUUCUCCAGAUCCUUCAGGUUUCGGGGCUGUUGAUGGGCAAUACGGACUUUCAGCUCCCUCCAAAGAUGAUCUAUUGGGUUCAGGUCUGGAGACUGGCUAAUCCACUCCAGGACCUUGAGAUGCUUCUUACGGAGCCACUCCUUAGUUGCCCUGGCUGUGUGUUUCGGGUCGUUGUCAUGCUGGAGACCCAUCUUCAAUGCUCUUACUGAGGGAAGGAGGUUGUUGGCCAAGAUCUCGCGAUACAUGGCCCCAUCCAUCCUCCCCUCAAUACGGUGCAGUCGCCCUGUCCCCUUUGCAGAAAAGCAUCCCCAAAGAAUGCUCUUUCCACCUCCAUGCUUCACGGUUGGGAUGGUGUUCUUGGGGUCGUACUCAUCCUUCUUCCUCCAAACACGGCGAGUGGAGUUUAGACCAAAAAGCUCAAUUUUUUUUCUCAUCCGACCACAUGACCUUCUCCCAUUCCUCCUCUGGAUCAUCCAGAUGGUCAUUGGCAAACUUCAGACGGGCCUGGACAUGCACUGGCUUGAGCAGGGGGACCUUGCGUGCACUGCAGGAUAUUAAUCCAUGACGGUGUAGUGUGUUACUAAUGGUUUUCUUUGAGACUGUGGUCCCAGCUCUCUUCAGGUCAUUGACCAGGUCCUGCUGUGUAGUUCUGGGCUGAUCCCCCACCUUCCUCAUGAUCAUUGAUGCCCCACGAGGUGAGAUCUUGCAUGGAGCCCCAGACCGAGGGUGAUUGACCGUCAUCUUGAACUUCUUCCAUUUUCUAAUAAUUGCGCCAACAGUUGUUGCCUUCUCACCAAGCUGCUUGCCUAUUGUCCUGUAGCCCAUCCCAGCCUUGUGCAGGUCUACAAUUUGUAUCCCUGAUGUCCUUGCACAGCUCUCUGGUCUUGGCCAUUGUGGAGAGGUUGGAGUCUGUUUGAUUGAGUGUGUGGACAGGUGUCUUUUAUACAGUUAGCGAGUUCAAACGGGUGCAGUUAAUACAGGUAAUGAGUGGAGAACAGGAGGGCUUCUUAAAGAAAAACUAACAGCUCUGUGAGAGCUGGAAUUCUUACUGGUUGGUAGGGGAUCAAAUACUUAUGUCAUGCAAUAAAAUUCAAAUGACAUACAACGUGAUUUUCUGGAUUUUUGUUUUAGAUUCCGUCUCUCACAGUUGAAGUGUACCUAUGAUAAAAAAUUACAGACCUCUACAUGCAUUGUAAGUAGGAUAACCUGCUGAUUUUGCAGGUUAUCAAAUACUUGUUCUCCCCACUGUAUCUCUCUCUCUCACACAGAGGGUGGGGGGUCCACGUGCUACAUGUUGCGGUUAUACACCCCCCCCCCCCCAUCCCUCACAACCCUCUGCUCCACGCCACAGCUACAGAACAGGUAUUGGUUAAAACUGAUCCCACCUGACCCCUAUGUGCCACGCCACAGCUACAGGGUGGGUAUUGGUUCAAACUGACCCCACCUGACCGCCUCUGAUUGGUUCCUCCUGAUGGAUGGAGACUUCUGAUCAUUUUUAUUUUCUGUUUGCUGUAGGAUAAACGAAGGCCCUCGAUUUGUGCAUUCAUGUGAGCCCGCCAUAUGCACGUGUCCCAAAGCCGAGGGAGUGGAAAUAUUGAGGGGUUUAGGUCUAAUUUAGUCUCUCCAAUAGACACUUCAACCUGGCUUCACAGCAAAGUAAUAUUCCAACACGCACCACAAAGCAUUUGCAUUUUAUUUUAUUUUGUGAAAUACAUCCCAAAUGAAAUGUUCAACUGUUAGUGUGGUUUUAAAUCUCGUUAAACAAUGGGGAAUUUCUCAAUUUGACUUGCAUGUCCAUUUUUACAUGUCCAUUUUAUUGAACUUGAAAUGAAUCGUUCAAGUCAUGACUUUGUCCCGAAGUUGGUUGGGGUUAUUGAUUUGACACGCUGGAAACCAGCAUCAGUCUUGUCAGGAACUGUGACAAUGGAGUGAUUUCCCGAGAGUUCUGUUCUCUCUGGUAGGGGUGGGCUCACAAUGGUGGACUCUGGGCGUGGUGGGGUUCCGUGUGAUGAUGUCUGUGCCACAGGCUGGACUGGGGGAGGGAGGAAUCAGGGGUUUAGGGUAGAGUUUCUCAAACUGUAGCAUGGGGACCCACGUUCCAUAAACGUGGACCGAGUUUGGGAAACACUGGGGUUAGGGUGUCACGGUUGGACCGCUCCUGAACCUCACCUACUCCCCUCCGCUCUUCUGAUCAAAGAGGAUCAAUAGUUAACCUGAUCACUUUGAUCAAAAACGGACAUCUCCUGGACCCCACCGUCUCACCUUAUUCCCCUCAGCUCUGCCCACCUGAGUAAAGCAGGCUCAAUAGUUAACCUUGGCCCGGUUUCCCAAGAACGUUAGAUACGUUGUCGUUAAAUCUGUGAGCCGUUUCCCAAAACCAUCGUUAUUAACGUUGCACUUGAAGAUGCUCGUAAUCUAACGCCUGCAUCAGAUCACCUCAGAACAGCCGAGUUAGAUGAUUAUUUUUUUGCCCUCCCAUGUCACUUUAUUCACAAGAUCUCCGCUAAACAUAAUCACAUGGUUUAUCAGUCUCUGUGACCACCUAUAACUUCAGAACAAAGUUGACUACAAGUACAAAGUUGCCAAUGUCUUUGCCAUUGAAACAGUGGGAGGCGACAUAUAAAAAGAUGCUUCAAAUGUACUGUACUGUAGGAUACUGUCUGUAAUUUGUAUCAAUAUAUUUAAUCACGUGUAGCCUAACAAAUCAGUGAUAUGGUGCAUUUGUUAUUGGGUAAGCGUUAAAAAAAUAAGCCGACUCGAUAUUUGCAACUGUAGGUGGUAAUGUGUCUCUAGAAGCUGAUCCGUAGUCAGUUUUGUGAAAGAAAUAUAAUGUAAAGGAAAGAUUUGAAUGGAUAAUUCGAUCCUAUCAGUAUCAACACAUGCUCCAACGAUGCAUUUAGCGACCGUUCUCUACGCGUGGUGUUUUUGGAAACGCAUGUUAUAUCUUCGGCGGUUGUAGGAAAGUUGCAUCGUUAAAACACUUAUAAGUCUAAGGUCUAUUGCUAUCGUGAAACCGGGCCCAGAUCACAUUGAGCAACAUUCACGCGCGUAGCUGUUGAUUUUACGGAGUAUUACCAAGCUAAAGUUGAAUUCAAAUCAGUCUCUGUAAACUAGGAAAUGUGGAGUUGUUUAAGAAUAUUUAGGAGCUUUAGCUAAAUAUUUGGUCCUGCUUUGUGACAUCAACCCCUGGUUGGCCGCCAGACGCCCUACUCCACAAUGUGAUGUCAUCAUAGACUGCAGGGCAACUUCCUGGUUACGGAAAACAACAACACAAUUCAAAUUUGCCAAAACUGACACUUGACUCUUCCCAAUGUGAUCAGUCUUCUUAGCAGAUAAAAAAUGUUGCUGUUGUCUGUAAAGCAGAGCGCUGCCCCAUUUUGUGUAUGAUGUCAUAUGGUGGAGUGUACCUUUUUUAAACCCAGGUAGAGUCCUAGUGUUAAUCCUGUGUACCUGGUUCAGACUACAUCGGUAAUGUUUGUAUUUGCUGUUGUUUGAUUGCACUCACAUUUGAUUACAGAAAGCGUCUAUAUAUGAAAUAAAAUACCUACCAAGGACCA